AACUUAUUAGAAAAUUUUAAGGGAAAUAUUAGUUAUAUCAGUGAUAACCCCGAUCGGACACUAUUGCCGUUAUAGGAACUUGUGAACUUCUAACUCAUAGUCCGCACACAAUAUGAAUCAGGAUAGGAAUGCUCAAGUGUCCACCACCUCUUUGCCACAACCAGAUUGACUGAUAGUGUGUGUUGACUGUUUGCACAAAUUCAGCGGUAUGCUUCUUUCUUCCAUCGGGGGGCCGUGUGUAUGUUUAUGUUCCGGGGAGUUCCUUCAAGUGCUACCGUGAUUGCAACACCGGUCGAUGUAUUUAAGAACCGCGAUACCCUUCUUACGGCAUUUCAUUCAAUUCCUGACAUUGACCAGCGCGACAAUCGAGACGCGACAAGUUUCGCACUCGACAUUUAUUAUCAUCCACAACAUCUCGGUCAUACGGCAAGGUUCCCGACCGCAGGGUUGGCUCAAAGGGAUCCAACGCUCUCUCAAUUCUGGGUGUACUAGUUAACAGUGUAGGGUUCGUUAUCCAACAUCUUGUGCAAAAGAAACUUUAAAUGUUUUUGAGUAGUGGAGAAGAGUGGUUAUAGAGUUUUGUGUGGAAACGAACCAAAUUACCAGACCAGUAUUAAUGAUUUAUGCUUGUGUUGCUCACCGAAACAGGGACACAGUGUUAAAUGAAUCCUGCUGAACUUAAUCAGUAUCAACCAGUCGCUACCUUUGAGAAGCUCGAAAGCUCACAUUUCUCCAAAAUGGAAAAGGGUAGUCCAUCGCGCCAGUUUAUGGCUGGCAUUAUCGUGAACCUGGCCUCGGUUAUGGUAGGUACAUCGCUCGGUUGGACCUCACCGAUUGGACCUAAGUUUGCGUCCAAAGACACCUCACCGCUUGAUACGAUCCCAUCGACGUCGGAAAACUCUUGGAUAGCGUCCUUGGUAGCGCUGGGUGCUCUAAUUGCACCCUUUAUAGCUGGACCGUUAGCAGAAAGAAUUGGUCGUAAGUUCACCCUACUCGGCAGCUCCGCAUUCUUUCUCGUGUCCUGGGUGUUGUUGUUGACGACAGCAACUGUAGUGCAGGUGCUAGUGGCCCGCUUCCUACAAGGGUUGGGCGUUGGUUUCGUAAUGACCGUUCAAACCAUGUACAUUGGUGAGAUCGCCAGUAGCGAGUAUCGUGGUGCGCUAGGAUCACUUAUGCAGUUGUGCAUCGUUACUGGCAUUCUGUACGUGUACAGCAUUGGCCCGUAUGUGUCAUACCAUGCACUACAGUGGGCCUGUUUGGUACUGCCGAUUGCGUUCGAUGCGACGUUCUUCUUCAUGCCGGAAACGCCAGCCUACUACAUCUCGAAGGGAGACAAAGAAAAGGCGGUCGAAUCGUUGUGCUUUCUGCGCGGUAAAACCGUAGAAGGUGUUCAAGAGGAACUGCACGAAAUAACGAGCACUGUUGAGGAGUCGCUCAAAAACAAGGGUACGGUGCUGGACCUAUUCCGAAAUGCCGGUAACGUGAAGGCACUGAUCAUUUGUGCUGGUCUGAUCAGCUUCCAGCAGCUGUCCGGCAUCAACAUUAUACUGUUCUACAGCCAGAACAUCUUCGAAAGCACCGGCAGCAGUCUGUCACCGGCCGUUUCAACCAUCCUUGUCGGUGCGGUACAGGUGCUGGCUAGUGGUGCCACACCUCUCAUCGUCGAUCGGCUGGGACGUAAGCCGAUUCUGCUGACAUCUGCUGGCGGCAUGUGCAUAUCGCUCGGUACGAUGGGACUGUACUUCUUCCUCAAGCACACGGAAUCACCCUCCAUCGACAGCCUUGGCUGGUUACCGAUUAUGUCGCUGAUCGUGUUCGUGUCGGUGUACUGCAUCGGAUUUGGACCGUUACCGUGGGCAGUGCUGGGGGAGAUGUUCCCGGCAAAUGUCAAAUCUAUCGCAUCGUCGAUCGUUGCCUCUACUUGUUGGGUGUUAGGUUUUCUUAUCCUGCAAUUUUUCUCCGAUCUUGAUAAGGCCGUCGGUUCGCAUUGGUCGUUCUGGAUCUUUGGCAUUCUGUGUGGUGUGGCAUUCCUAUUUACCUUUACAACCGUCAUGGAAACCAAGGGACUUAGCUUACAAGAGAUUCAGGACCGGCUGAACGGUAGAGUUUAAUCAUAGCGAAACUACUCGCUGCGUUUGACAUAGCUUUGUCUGCGUACCACCACGCAUUUACUGCUUGUGGUAGUGGUAGUAGUAGUGUCCAAAGAAUGUUGCUGUAGAAUUACUAUUUGUUAUUUUCUUCGCUUAGUGAGUGUAGUAAGCUUUCAUCCGCACCAAAGUGAUACGUUUGAUAGGGUUCGCAAACGAAAGUGUUGAAUGUAUUGUGUAACAUUACUUGAAUAAAACAAGUAUCUAUACUGUAAGGUA